AAAUGGCGUCUUCAAGGUUGUUUUCGACAGUUUUCCGAUUAGCACCGAGGUAUUCAAACCUUGGGCUGAGAAACCUGGCCUAUGAUGCCACAAGAGCCAACUUGAUGGUCUCAAAAAGCACUAAAGUUAUUUGUCAGGGCUUCACUGGAAAACAAGGAACCUUCCAUAGCAAGCAAGCUAUUGAUUAUGGGACUCUCAUGGUGGGAGGAGUCUCCCCUGGCAAAGGUGGGCAAACACACCUCGGCCUACCCGUUUUCAAUUCUGUUAAAGAGGCCAAAGAAGCAACAGGCUGUGAUGCCACAGUAAUCUAUGUACCACCUCCAGUGGCCGCCAAGGCCUGCAUGGAGGCUAUUGAUGCCGAGAUUCCCCUAAUUGUCAUGAUCACUGAAGGAAUUCCCCAACAUGACAUGGUUCGAGUGAAGAGAAGACUCAUGGAUCAGGAUAAGUCAAGGCUCGUUGGUCCUAACUGUCCUGGACUCAUUAAGCCUGGUGAAUGCAAGAUUGGGAUCAUGCCCGGACACAUACACACAGCUGGAAAAAUUGGUGUUGUAUCACGAUCAGGCACUCUAACCUAUGAAGCAGUGCACCAGACAACGUUGACGGGGCUAGGGCAGACCCUGUGUGUCGGAAUUGGGGGCGACCCUUUCAACGGAACUAACUUCAUUGACUGUCUCGAUGUUUUCCUGAAAGAUCCUAAAACUGAAGGUAUUAUUCUAAUUGGAGAAAUCGGUGGACAAGCAGAAGAACAAGCAUCAGAGUUCCUCAAGGAAUUCAAUUCGGGCCCCAAUAGAAAACCAGUUGUGUCCUUCAUAGCAGGCCUGAGUGCCCCUCCAGGUAGGAGAAUGGGGCACGCUGGGGCCAUCAUUGCAGGGGGUAAGGGUGGGGCCAAGGAAAAAAUUGAGGCCCUUAAAAGUGCCGGUGUUGAGGUAACUAUGAGUCCCGCCCAGCUUGGUUCCACCAUGGUGAAGGCUUUUGAGAAGAUGGGGAAAUCCACCAGCUAAAUUUAGAAAGAACUGAUUAAGAUAGAAGGAAAGAAAGAAAAAAAGAAAGAAAGAAUAAAUGAUUGAAAGAAUGAAAAAAUAGAAAUUGAAUGAAUGAAUGGACGAACGAACGAACAAAUGAAUGAAUGAUUGAAUGAAUGAAUGAAUGAAAGAAUGAAUGAAUGAGUGAAUCUAUCUUCUGUCUAUUUAUAUUAUCUGUGUAUUUAAAAUUUAGCACUCAUUGAUACGAAAAGUUCUCGUUUUGUCGUUGUUACUAAUUAUCAUCAUUUUAAGUGUUACUGCAAUUGCUAUUGCAAAUCACCAAAACCGCUACUUUCAUCAUGGUCAGUUUCGUCAUCAUCAUCAUCAGUUUCGUCAUCAUCACCAUCAGUUUCGUCAUCAUCAUCAUCAGUUUCGUCAUCAUCACCAUCAGUUUCGUCAUCAUCAUCAUCAUCAGUAGCAGCAUCACCGUCAUCAUUUUACAGUUGUUUAUUUGAUUGUUUGGUUGCUGCUUCUUUUUAAAAUGAUGAUGGUGAUGAUCUAGUUGGUAAUGAUGAUGAUGGUGAUGAUGAUGUCAACGACAAUGAUGAUGAUGAUG